CAAUUAGGGUUAUCUGAUAAACGGUUGCAUCACGAUUCUUUGAAAGCAGAUCGGAUGCUGUUGAUAGAGUUAAUAUUUAGCGAAGAUAAGUCGUUUGUCGCCGCGAGUUCCUUCAGAUAAUGCAAAAUAUGCGUCAAUAGUGCACAAAAUGACUUCGUUCGCGAAGCUUUAGUAUCGAAGAAUAUACCAGAAAGGAGAGACCGAAUUCAAAAAAUCCAUCUCCAGUUUCUCAAUCAACAAUCCGAAACAACAGUCGAUAGUAAAUGAAAAUAAUAAGCGGGUUACCUUAAAACCUGUUGCACGUUUGGCAUCAUUGAAGAUCGAAUCGAAGAUUAUUCGGGCGCCACUGUCGUCAAGUAGAAAAUUUGAAAUAAUUUGCAAUCGAAGUAUAUAUCCGUGGUGCGCGUAAUUACUACAUUGUUUAUGAAAGUCCCGUGUUUCGAAAUGUUUGGAAAUUUACUCGACGGAUUCUCCAAAGCACUAAAAGUUCUAAAUAAAGCUAGAAGGUCGCGGUGGCUCCUGAAAAUGCAACGGUAGCCUGAUAUUACUUGUGGAUAAACGCGUAUUAGUGCACAGAGAGGGACGCGGGAGAAGUUGAUUGGCAGAUUGCGUAUCAUAACCGACUAGAAUAGUCGGUCAAUCAAGAUUGGCAAUUUUCAAAUUUUGCCGGCCGCUGACAGUUUCACUUCAGUGGAAACGAUUUCGCUGGAAAUAUCGACACCGUUAGUGUUAAACGUCCCGGUAGUGAUACAAUUUUCGAACACCAUUAGUGAAGGAAAUUAUUCCUUAAGGAGGUCAAGAGAUGCAUCAAGGUAUCUACGGAAUCAUCGAGAAGGGAACAAAGUGGAGGUAUCGUAAAGGAAACGGGGAAACUGCCGCAAGUAAAAUCAAUCGUCAAUAGAAGAGAAUACAAUUUUGUACAUUUCCAGUGAAACGUCAUAAAUGAUAUUGUUCGUACGGAACGCGAAGAAACUAGCGUAGAUUGUGAACUGUAUGUCUCAUUGCUUCCCGAACAUUUGAUAAACAUUGAAAAUGAGAAAGAAGAUCGAAAUUGUUUAAAAAAAGUACGAAGAAAACUUGUUAUUAAAUUUUUUGUGCAAAGAUCAAACGGAAGAACGAACCCGUAGAUAUUUGCUAAUGGAAACCGGAGAGUGAACAGAAGAAGGAUGAGAAGACAGGGCAGGGACUGAGCAUAUCUCAGGUAAGUGAAAAAACUGGGAGUAAAAUAUGAAAAUAGAAUGGAAGGAAGUAGGAUGCAAAGGAGGGUUAUAAAUAGAACAGCAUAAAAUAGUAGGUUGUGGAAGAUGAAUAGGAGAAAAAUACGAACAAAAAGAAUAUUCGAUAAGGGUGGGAGUGAAGGAAAUUCAAGGAAACGAGUAAACUGAUCUAAAACGAAGUGAGAAUUUCAUUUAACCGAUACAAACGGAAUAAUAAAAGGGUAGCAGAGUAAACGAAUCUUAUUAAGUAAUUUAUUUACCAUUCUCUAUCUUUUUAUCACGCUCCAAAAUAUUUUACGCUCUAUUGUUUUUGGAACAAUUUCGUUUUAACUUUCGCCCUUCCAAUUCAAUUUACUUUUUCUAAAAUUAAGAUAUUAGCAAGAAAUUAAUAAAAUUUAGAAAAGCUUUUAAACCUCACGUAAAGAGUUGACUAGAAAUUUUUCCAAGUACAAACGAUGUUAGGGAAUUUUAAACAGUAAUAGUAGAAGUACGUAACUCAACAGAAUCCACAGUACAGAGCGAACGAGCUACAACAAAGAACAAUUACCACGAAAAGGGUAGAGAAUGGUAGUUGGAGAAGAAUAAACAAGACCGAGGUAAAAGGAUCACCCGCGAAUGGUGUAUAGUUGUGACGGGGCAGGUGAAAACGGGGCACAGGUGCAGGAAACUUAUGGGGGUAAAGUGAGGUGGGUGCAAUUAGGGGAUAGAUAAGGACGAGUGGAACGAAGCUGUAGAGAGAACAGACAGAGAGAGAGUAGGAGAAUGGUGGCGCAUGCUCCUCUUCGUUGUGUACGGAACGUAUGGCAGGCAGUUGCCCUCGUCGGCUCCAGGUAUACGCGAAAAUCCAUAUCGGCGCCGCGUGCCGUCUCCUACGGCCGUUGACAGAAUCCGUUUGAUCAGGCCAGAGCCUCUCGACGGCCCGUCGCGGCGAGGCGUCGCGACGCAGCUUCCUCGAGACAUCCGCGCCGCUUCUACCGAGGAGCCGACCGUUUCGAAGCACGUGCCAUUCGCCAGUCGCGUGUCGCACUUUGCCGGUACAUCCUCGAAAACUUCAUCGAGAAGAAUUUACCUUGUAAUUUUCCGAUCUUUACUCUGAAAGCUUGUUCGCCAAGAAGCUCGUCAAUUAGAAAGUAAUUUAAAAAACUUUAAGAAUUGAUUUGUUGGUCUCGCACUUCGCAAGAAAAGCUUAAUUAGUCUCAGAGGGAUAAUUAAAAAUCUAAGUUGAUGUUGUUGGAAAAUUUAAUUUUGAAUCUAGUGGAAGAAGUUCGAGGCUCGGACGAACGAGUUGCGUUUCCUAUAUUUUUAUUUAAGAAAAUCUCGUCGCUCAGAGAUUAAUUAGAGAAGCUAGCGUCACUGAUUCUGUAGCUGCUGAGUUAAAAGUUUCAACGUAGACACUGAGUAGAUGUACGUGAACCAAGAAGAACGGCUCGAGCUCGGAGAAACAAGUGGCUUUAAAAAGUGGAGAACAUCGAUAGUAUACUGCGGGGACCGAUAACCGUGGAAAGUUCGAGUGUCACCGGAGCUACGUUUCAGAGACAAAGAAGUGCGAAAAAUCCUCGGAGGAUUCCCGGCUGGAGUUGUUCUAAAUUUUUAAGGGAACAAGAGGAACCAAGAAGAGGUGUGCGGUCUACUUUACACGUCAUGAAACUCGAAGAAUGCGUUUGAAAACGGACCGAAAGAAUGUUUAUUCGGGCAAGAUUUACGUUCUACGAAGGAGGUGAAACGAGCUAACUUCCCGUCCAAAUUCCAAUGCGAGCGAAGUUUUGAAACUCGUUUACGUACCUAUCGACUACCAAGAGGUUCGCGAAACUGACUCGCAUCUUCGGAGGGUACGACAGCAAUCUCGGUGUCGACGAACCGUUUUCCUUGUAGCUCGCGUACGAUUCGAAUCAGAGACGAAUACACGUUUGCCAAAGGCUCUUAAAGACAUGCUUCUCAGAGUUUACCGAUAGUCUCAUCGAGACAGUGUCGAACGGUAGCGCGAUCGAAGCCAACGGAGGAGCCUUUUGUUUCCGGAUUUCAGUCGGAUACUUGCGAAAACUAUAGGACAUAGGAGAACUUCGUCUUUCAACUGUUAAUAUCCGAUUCGGAUAGACAGCUCGCUGUCUCUGAUAGUUCAAUAAUUGGCUUUACGUUUCAAAUGGUUUGCCUAAUAGUUAUCAAGCUCUUCAAAUAGCUUCGCUAUCCGUUUCGUAAACGGUCUUGUUUACUUCCGGUAUUAUAUGUAUACAUUUCGAAUGUGAAACUGAAAUUGCCGAGGGAUUUUCCGGAACCGGAAUUAUUAAUGAAAUCUUGAUAGCGUGCGGUGUCAGAGGUAAUACGUGCUAACGAGCGGAGAGAGAGAGAGAGAGAGAAGCGCUUCUAAAGCAUAAACUGGAAUCUCGUCGGUGAAAAGGCACGAUUUCCGAGAUACGUCGUAAGUCGAUCUCAUUUCGACCGUGCGCCCUGAAAUUACGCAAGGGGGUUCAUCCAUUCCAGUACACCAGUCCCGGUGCAACUCGGCACAGUCCGAGAGAUUGUCUCGGACGAAGGAUCUCAGUGAAAUCCCUGUAUUCUCAGUGGGAUAACUGGACUUCAAAGAGAAGCGGCUUCUAUUCCGCAUCGCGGACUAUCGUCCGUCCGUUUCCAGCGUAGGAUUCAAUAAACCGGAAGUCACAUCACCGGAAAUAAUCCAAUUUGAUUUGUACCGUGAAAGUUUAACGAAACCUUGCUCGAUCGCUGACGUAUCUAAAUAUAGAUGCUUAGAAAAACUUCCCCGGCAGGAUCCUACAUUCGAUCCCGUAACGAGAGCCAAGGAAACAACGUAUAAGAAGCAGUAUCCUUCAGGAUCUUGUUGCUACUUAGUGUCCCCGGUUCAAGAUAGAUGUAUCAAAUUUGUCGCGCAAGCCACUCGGCGGAUAAAACGAAAUUCGUGUUCCUCUUCACAUCCAUAAUUGGAACCGCAGCUUAAUUCGAGGAAACGUUCGACUCUUAUCAAAUAAAAGAGGAUUACGCAAAUCUACAUGCGGGAGGAGAACGAUAAGUCGAGAACGGUGUAAAGAGGGUUUCGUCCACGUGGGAACAUAGAGAUACUCGCGGCGCGUCGGGCUUUAAAGGACAACGCGUGCCUGGAGGAUAGAAAGGGUUAAACGCUCCUCUCGACGGCGCGUUUUCUCCAUAACGCUGGAUCAAAGGAGAAGAGGGAUCAUCGGGGAUUAACCAACCCUUCUUUAAUGGCACGGAAUCUCAGAGGAUCAACGGCAUCAGUCGGCGAAUCCGGUGGUCGACCGAUAAUAUCUUCGGCUCUUUUUUUCCCGAACGAGAGCGCGGAGCUACAGAGAAAUAAUUGCGUGUCGGGCGUGGGUGAAAAAUUGAGUCCGUAGGGAUUAACCCGUGUUUUUAUACGAGUACGUGAAGGGAAUAGAUUGCGUUUAAUUGACAUUUGCUCCAUAGCGUGGAGAAUACCAUCGAAUAUGCUGGAGUGAAACGAAGAAUCACGCGUGAUCUCUGGCAAAUGAAUUACGAUAACGUCGGUGCGAGAAUAAUAUUCGAACCGUAUCCUUGACCGAUAAAUACAAGGAAUAUCUCGGAUAAACAAUUCUACGGAGGUUGGAUAUAAAGAUAAGACGGGGUGCCGUGUCGCCGUUUCUCACGAGCGUGACUUGGAAGCUAGUUUUAAUCGAAAAAAACGAAUAGAAGGUCUAAGCAGGCAAAUUGUACCGCGUCGACUGCGAAGUUUCAGUAAUGAUAUUUUGCAUAAACGAUUUCACGAUGACACGCACCGAUUACGAAGAUAAGAGGAAACUUGUGUUUUGAUUUAUCGUGACUAUAAUCAGGGAUCGUUCGAGUCGUGAAAAAAAUACUGAUAGAAGCUGUGGGCGAGCAGGAUCGAAGCUUAUUCUCCUAUAAAACGGUCUCUCUGCUGAUAAACACAUGAACCUCGUGGAGGGUUACUUGUCGUAAACAAUUCAGUAGGGACGCCAGGUGUCCUGAUAAGACGAAACCCGUGUUUUGACAUUUUCGGCGAUCCACACGUCGCUGAGACCCGGGGCGCAUCGAGGAACAUUCAAUUUCGUGUCGUCGUGCGGCGGGUAGCCAUGGCCUCGCAAGCGGUUAACGAGACCGCGUCCGACACCGGGAAUUACGUGCUGAACACCUUGUAUUAUAUUAAAUUAAAUGAAUCGGUGGACCCGGAGGCGAUCAAGUGUUUAGAGCGUAAGCACGAAGAGGAGCUGCACCGGCUGUCUCUCGGGUCGGACCGCGAAGAGGAUCAACAGGGAUGCGAAAUUAGCUGGGAUUCGUUGUUGUGCUGGCCCCGAACGCCGCCGGGAACGCUGGCCACGCAAUCCUGCUUCGAAGAACUCAACGGGAUACGUUACGACAGCAGCCAGAACGCGAGCCGCUGGUGCGACCUGGACGGUACCUGGAGCACCUAUAGCAACUACAGUCUGUGCCACAACGUCCGCGAGCCGGCGAUCGAGGGCGGGGUCGAGGUCAUUUCGACGACCAUUUACUUCGUUGGGUACAGCGUCUCUUUGUUAACCCUCGUCAUUGCCGUCUCCAUCUUCCUCUAUUGCAAAGAGCUGAGAUGCGUCAGGAACAACAUACACACGAACCUGAUGCUUACCUACAUCCUCGCAGAUCUCAUGUGGAUCCUAAACAACGUGAUGCAGGUAUCCAUGCAGCCCGACGUGCCAACCUGCGUAAUCUUCCUGUUUCUGCUAAAUUAUUUCCAAUUGACUAAUUACUUUUGGAUGUUCGUAGAAGGCUUGUACCUGUUCCUGUUGGUCGUGAAGACUUUCACGGGCGAUAAUAUCAAGCUGAGGUUGUGUCUCAUUAUAGGCUGGGGUUUGCCGAUCGUUUUUAUCGUUAUGUGGAGCAUUGCGAAGUCGGUAGAUCACAGUAUCAUGCCUCAACCAAAUCGGGAUGUCGCGUUGGACAAGCAUUGUCCCUGGAUGGUGUCACACCCUUACGACUGGUUCUACCAAGCCCCCGCGAUUUUCGUCCUCUGCGUAAACGUAAUAUUCCUCUUCAUGAUUAUGUGGGUACUGAUAACGAAACUCUGGUCCGCAACGAACGCGGAAACUCAGCAAUAUCGAAAAGCCACCAAAGCGUUGCUCGUCCUGAUACCACUCCUCGGUGUAACUUACGUUCUGGUGCUAGCGGGUCCCACCGAGGGUCAGGUUGCUAAUGCGUUCUUCUAUGUUCGAGCGGCACUACUUUCUUCACAGGGCUUGUUCGUCGCGUUGUUUUACUGUUUUCUGAAUACCGAAGUACAAAACACGGUGAAACACCACAUCGUACGAUGGACCACGGCCCGCGAUCUGGACACGGAAAGAAGGUAUUAUAACAAUUGGUCUCCCCGUUCAAGAACAGAGAGUAUAAGGAAAAGGGACUCGUCCGUCAGCGAGACGACCACCACGACCGUGAUUGGAAUGAACUCGACCACCACGUUCCUGGACAAAUCGAAGAAGCCGAUCUCGGAAGAUCAGAACGAGUAAAACCGAUCCCCAGAACGAUCGUUCCAACAGAGAACUGACUACGAUUACGAGAGAUAUUAUAUGUAUAUUUUUCACUGUAUAUUGUUCGGAGGGAUUGUUAGAACACGAUUCUUGAAGUAUUAGUGAAGAAUGGUUCCAAUUAGGAUUAUUUUAAGACAAAACUGAUUAGAAAAUUGAGCAAGAAAUAUUUUUAAGAUCUAAGAAAUAUUCUUCCCUCUUUACUAUUCAUUUAAGAUAUUAAUAAUAAAGAUGGAUAUCUCAUUAAAAUUUUUAUAAGUGAGAAAACGAGUUUCAGAAAAAUAUUUCUUAGAUCUUCGGUCGACGGCGGCGUAUUAUUUUCAAGGAAACGAUAUAAUCGAUUCGUCGCAAGGAAUGGUUGGAGUAAAUUAAAACAGAUCCUAUGGUAUGCGGCAAUGCUUCAACUUUUAUUUCGAAUUAGCAUCUUUGCGUUAAAAAAACGACUUGCCCACACAUUCUCUCCCAUUCAUUCAUCCGUACAUUCGUGCCUCACGUUCGCCUCCUCUCGCAUUCGUCUCGCUCUCUGUCUCUCCUUUAUUUCUUUUUUUGUUCCUUUAAAAUUUCUUUACUUCAUUUCCCGUGUGUCUGUUUCUGCCCGAGAAACGCGAACGCGUCUGUACCGGAGGAAAAUCGAAUUCCCUGUUUAAACUCUAAGACACCCCGUCAUCAAACUUCCACGAGCGGACUCCUGUAAAAAAGAAAAGUUUGUCAGAAUUUCUUUUCCUUUGUCGUCGUUGUUUCAUCGGUUUCAUUAUUGAACAAUCCGAAAUCGAAAUCAACUUUGAAGUUGUAACGUAAAAAUAAUUAGCGAUAAGAGAGGGCUUGCAAUCCAAACUGGGUAAAAAUUAUAAUAUACCGACGCAUUGUUAUACUGAGAAAUUGAAUAAUACUGCUAAAAUAAAAUACGGUAAUUUUUUGUUAUUCUACCCAGUUUCAAAUUGCAAAGGAACCGUGCACUCUCCUGAUCUUACGUACGUGUCGAGAUACUCAAUGCGGAUUCAAUUACAUAAAAGAAAAAGUCAUCCUUCAAUAAAUCGUAGAUAAAAAUAAGUGUACAUAACGUAUAUACACGGAAGUAUACGUGAACACAAGAUUUCGUUUGCUAAGCCUGACUCGUUGAUUAUUCGAUGCAUUUAUGCAUGAGUAAAAAUCUGAUUAAAAUAACGAAUAACAUUGCCUGUGGAAGGAAAAAAUUGCUUUGUCUUAAAAGAAGUGUCAGAAAACGUUAAUGUUAAUAAAGCGAAAAACAAGCGUAUAGAUAUAUAGUUACAAAUAUUCGUGAGACGAAGAUUGUACUUGCAUCAACGGAUUCAAAUAAGAAAUAGUAUUUAUUAUUGUAA